AUUAUUUGAUUAUUUGAUUAGCAACAUGRCGAGCCAUACCGACUUUGAUAGCGAAUGGGGUGAAAAUUGGGCUGAAGGGCACACCCCAUGGCAUAUAAACUACGUACAACCUUGCUUGGAGCAGCAUUAUAAAAAACUACUGCCUAAAGAGAAGACCCCUUCGGCCAAGGCAAGAAUCUUUGUACCCUUGUGUGGAAAGACGGUGGAUAUGAUUUGGUUGGCCGAGAAGGGAUUUCAAGUAGUUGGGCUCGAAGCAGUUGAAGAAGCAAUUCUAGAGUUUUUCAAGGAAAAUAGUGUAUCCUACGAUGUGAAAACCUUAGAUCCCGAUGGCAUCAAGUAUUAUUCAUCGCUUGACAAGAGCAAGGAUAUCUCAAUCUAUCGAAUGGAUGUGUUUAAAGUGACUCCCAUCAUCUUAGGAGGAACGUUUGACGCUAUUUGGGACAGGGGCUCAUUAUCAGCUAUUGGAUUGCACGUAGACGACCGUGGCAGCCGAUAUGCUGAUAAACUACUGUCUCUACUCCGUCCAAGUGGAUGUAUAAUGAUCGAAAACAACGUCUUCCCAGAAGACCCAGGGAAGGACAGCCAUCCCACCCAUGUCCCUGAACCACUUCUGAGAAGUCUGUUUGGCAAGACCUUUGAUAUUACUCCACUAGAGGUGGAUUUGAGUAAUAUCCCACCAGGACCAAAGUACCCAUUCUACAGGGAAUACUUCCUGAUGGUUGCUAAGACCACGACCUGAUCCUGCCUGCGUACGUUCGUUUGAACAUGACAGAACACCAAAAAGAAUCAGUUUCAAGGACUUGAUGUAAAACUUGUUAAUACAACUUUUAUUUCGUUGKCAUAUUUUUAUCUUAGCGGACACUUCUAUAACAAAUUUCCGCACAUUGAUUUCCCGAUUUUUCACUAUUUCGUUUUUCGUAUUGCUCUCAAGACUGAUUUGUGGCAAAUAAAAUGUUUCACAUACUUUUAGAGUGAUAAUGUAUGGGUUACCUGUGGUCUAAUGCUUAGGUAAGUAGCAGUGGCGAAGGUGUAUCAAGCAAGAUGCACAAACCAAGGUGCCAUUGUAGCACACUGUAGGUGGUGUGGGUGGGGUGUUGGUUCAGCAAUGUUUCUUGUGAUUACAAAAAGCUAAAUAAAAAACGUGGUCUUUAUUACGUC